AUGGCCACCGUUCAACGUAAAUUGGUUCAUAAACAAUUCAACUCCCCCAUGGGACUUUAUUCGCAGCAAAAUGUCAAGGAAACAUUGGAUCGUGAGCUGAAGGCUUUCGGCGCUGAUGGGAUUGAAGUUGAUCCCGAAAUUACCAAAACAUUGGCUAACUCAGCUGUUUUGCGGGCCGUUGAAGAAGAAGAGCAAAUUAAAUGCGAUGUUGCUUGUGAACGGCAAAGUCGCCCGCGGCAGCGCAGACCGCACCCUACAGCGUCUGAGUACUAUGAGCAGYACUAUGACCAAGUCAUGCACACACCGGUGCACCAGCAGCAGUUGGAGCAAAUCAAAACGCAAUACCUGUGCCAUCAGCACGACAUCACCAUUGACCGUGAUACGGUGUUGAAGAUAAAUCGCCUUGCCACACGCAGGAAUUUGCAUAAACGCGACCACAGCUGGCCGCCACCGUGCAGCGAUUACGCUAUGAGGGCUGAAACCAUUGCUCCAAGCACUAAGACCGAGGUGGCAGUGGGCCGAGGAACGCAAUCACUCACACACUCGCGUAGUACUUCGAGAGAACAGCAAAGCCAUCAAUUGCGACAUGAACAGCAACUAAAGCAACAACAACAUAAAGCCAAAAGCAGUUGUACAAACAAUGCAUUGCACUUCGCGGAGAGCGUUUGUAAGCAGCACGGCAUCGAUGCGAUACGUGAGAAAUUCAAUAGUCCCACGCGAAUAAUUGAACCGACGCCCACCGAGUUGCGGCAACGCAAUAAAAUGGAGCAAUUGCAGUUUCRAAAGCAAAAACUACAGAAAAAUGCGACAAAUAAAUCAGCACGUGUCACCGAUAGCUCCCCUGAGACGCGCACGAACAUCUCUACCGUUGGCGCUGUUGGCAAGGCGCAACAAACAUUGACAAAUGCGUACAAUAACACGGCUAAUACAUCAUCGGUCAAUGCGGCUGCAGAUUCUUUAGGGUCCACCAUCGCGCCGAAUGUGGCGACCACCAGUUGGCCUGCAGCCAUAAAAAAUGAUGAGAUGGGAGGGGAGUUGACUAAUAUUGCCACCACUAACAGCUUCGAUGCUUCACAUGAUUACAGUACGCCGGUGGCGCGCGGCUUCUCCGCACCCGAAACAAAAGCGGCCGAUGAAAAUAUUGGAUUGGUGGAGCCACGCCGCUAUUAUUUCGAACAAUUGGCGCGACGCGAUGAAGGACCGCCUAAAAAAUGGCACAGUUAUGACAAUAUUGUCGCUGCCACAUCGGAGCAACAACAAAUCACCAAGCAAAGUGUUGCAACAGCCGCCAUCAAUAAUAAUAGACAAUCACAGUCGCUAGAUCGCGGACGUGCACAGCAACAGCGUAGACGGGAACAGUUGCCACCACAAAAGCCACGGUCAGCYGGCGGUGCGGCCAGUGGUGGCAGUAGUCCCGCAGCGCGUAUCACACCAGUAAGCAGUACAAGCGAAUUCAAUGUAACGCCACUGAAAAGCGAAAGCAGCGAUUUUGGAGAUAGUCGCACUGGCGUGGCAAAGCCAACGCUACUGACGAGCCAUCAAUCAAGAUCGAGUGAAGGCAURUCACCGCGCGUACAGCGACGUGCCAUUAAAUUGGCAACCGAAAUAAAAAUAUGUUACGAUGACUCGGGCACUGUUCAAUCAUUCGGUUCAACUGCUGCGCACUUGGAUGAUAACGGUGGCUUGGCUUCCAGUAAUAAGCGACAAAUUCAAACCGAAGCUACCAAAGCUGCAAAGCYUCAAAAGAGUAACGGUAAAAGACUGCCAGCAGAGCCAGUUGGCAUACAGUCGAUAGGCGACCUGGAAGACAUACCACUGCCGCCGCCACCAAAAGUUGGASCCUGCAUGAGUUCCGAACCUUCAAUUGUGGUGCARCGAACCCAGAAAUCGUCCAGCCAAACACAAACACAACAACAACAAAGACGACGCUGUAAUAGCGAAAGAAUCAUACCAAUCGAACUGGAGAAGCAURACCUACCUGAAUACCGUGCACCACUUAAAGAAGCGCCACGUCGCGAUCUUAGCACCGUUAGCGYGGAUCAGCUUUACGAUGAUGCUUGCAUCUAUUUGCGUUCAAUCGAUUUKGAUGACCGAACCGUCGCAUAUAUACCCGCCGCAAUUACAAUUGUACCCUCACCCCCUGAGGAAAUGUUGCAACAUGCGGCAGCUGAUGGACGUCCGCAGAUCCUUAAGGCCGGCAUAGUUACUAGGACAAGAAAAGAGCAGCCUCCGUCAGUUACUGCUCGUACAUCGUCGCAAACGGUCGCCACCAUGCCAAGAACAAAUACCGAAAAAUCCACCUCAGUAGCUGGAUCUUCGAAGCAGUCAAUUGCUAGUGAGCCUAUUAAUAGGAAGAGUAAUAAUAAAGUUCGUUACAAUAGUGGCCAUAAAAUGAACGUGCCACCAACCGAACCGAACGWGGCUCAGUACAAAAAACUCACACGCUCAGACGCACACCAAUUACCCAUAUAUAAUACYUCCGAUAUAAAAUUGAAUGCAGCACAACCAAAAAACCAGCAGACAGCGAUGGGAAAAGCCCACGAAAAUGAAGUUGCCAAAAACAACAUACAAGCCGCCGCAGAACAACAGGGCCAACAAAGAAUACGGUCCAAUCGACCUCGCGGUAUUUACUAUACCGAUGGUGAAUACUUGUAUGGGCCAUUUGGUGAGAUUCCUGACACGUUUGAAACACACAUUACACCAACAGUAAAGACAGCACCAGAAGAGGCGUCCAGAUCCGCAGCUGCCACUGGUGACAGCAAACGAAAUUGUGCUGAUGGAAAUGAGUGGCAAAUAAACAACAAGGCGACGAAGGCACGGCAGAAAGAGCAACAACAAAAGGCAGCAUGUCGCAAUACAAUAAACAUGCAACACGCUCGGUUGGCGCCAACGACAACGGUGGAGCCAACUAAUGAAGGACCAAGUCGAAAUUCUGAACUAAUGGAAGUGUCAGAAGCAGAACUGCAGGGGAAAAAUGCUGCCGAAAUAGCGGCGCUCGAAACAAAAUAUGGACGCUUUCAGCAAUCCAUUGCCGAGCAUCUGCGUCAAAUUGACACCUACAUGGAAAAUGCAAAAGCCGCGCUAAAUCGCAGUUUACCUCAUCCACAACAGGGGCAUGAGCAUGAAGAUGGCGAAACCUCCCUSCCGAAAGCAUCACGACAAUCAGCUCCACAAACAACCAAAAUUCAACCAGAACAGUCUCAGCUAUUGGACCAACGAGGCGUCGAARCCACGCUCGCAAYGGAGAGCCCCCUCCACWCUAUAGCCCGUCAGUGGUUGCCACACCGACSGCUGCACAUUGUUAGUGACACUGAUGACAAUCUGCAUGAAAUGGAAGCUCUUGUGCAUCCUGCCGUGCUGGAAAAUAUGCCUGUGGUUGAGCAGGCUCUGCAGGAUUUGUCCGCUAUUAAGGUAGAUGGUACAGCAGCAAAUCUGACGGCCAAGUAUGCGGGCGAUUUAGGAAGUCGACGUGGCGACGAUGGCAGUGUGUUACAGCCACUAAUGCGUCGUCUGAUUGCGGUGCAAAGCAAACAGCCGAGCGCAGCACUUCCCGACCACGCAGUCAUUUUGAAGGAUCRUAAAGAUAUCGAAGGAUUGCUGCUGAUUGAACACCAUAUUGCACCCACUGCAAGUUUAGCGAAACGUGUGACUAUAUUGGAAAAUCUGGACGAUGCCGCUGCUCCGCCUUGGCGUAAGCCUAGUAAUAUCGUCCUAAUUGGAAUUGAAGAAGGCAAUAAGGAGUAUAAUGCUAGCGACGAGAUUGGAGCGGUAAAUGRCAAAAUUGAUGACAGCAAUAAUUGCAAGCGCUCAGCAGAUAAGAGUUGUAAUAACAUUGCUGAGCCGAAGGAAGAUCCAACCAUGACUGAAAUGUAUGCGGAUAAUGAAAACGUGCCAGUUAAUAUUACAAACAUGGUUGAUGAAGAUGAAGAUGAAAAUCAGCAGGCGCCUGCAGAUACUAGCGGUCGAUUCGGUCACAAAAUCAACUCGAAAUUAGGCGCUAAAUCAACAAGUACUUUCGAUAUAAUAACGGCAGGUGAAGUCACCAACGAACAUGUGAUUGAUGCUGUUGGCAAUUAUGAGCAACUAAUGCAGUUGCAACAAGGCAUGACGCCGGCAGCGGGUCCAAAAACAACAGCAGUAACUAAAAGCAAGCAGCCACAAACACAAAAACAACACUUUCAGGAGGUUUCACUCAAUCACCCAGACCUGUGUACUGCAAAAACAGCACCCAUACCGAGACAACGUGCAACCACAUUGACAAGAGAAAAGCCUACAGUAAGCACAAUUGGAGCACGACCAGCACUCACAGUGGCGGCGGACGAAGGGGGAAGCGAGCUACAUAAGACCGUCGCUAGCCGCUGGCAAAGUGAGUCCUUGCGACGACAACAAMRCCAACAAGAACAACCGUCUGAAACAUCRCAAUUUCCAACUCCACCAAUACCGCCACCACURCCGCCACUGACCCGUGCGGGAAGCUUGCCGAAAGAUUUAUGCAAAAGUKUGGUUUCUGGUUAUAUUUCCACGCAYCAAUCGCAGGAGCAGCUGGUGGGACAGGUAAUUGACAAGCUGCAGGUGRAUGUGKCAUUGCAACGAGAUUGCGAGCAACUAAGGCAAGCAGAGCCAGAAAAUUCAGACAACAAUGAAUCCGUAGCUGCAAUUGCAAUCGCAACCUCAAAUCAAGAUCGUCUCAGAGAUCCGUUAGGUGAGCAACGACAGCCUGCCGAAGAAUUUGCAAUGCAACAACUAAAUAAACAGCAAUCAGCAAUUCUACCAAUAACAAAGAGUAACCAAAAACCAUGCGACCAACAGAAUGCGCAAUCAAGUGAAAUCACAAUUCCAAGCAGCAGGAUUAACGCCCACUCUGCGGAAGCCACAAGGGCUGCUCACGGCACUGCUACAGCGACAGCAUCACAGCUGGCUGCACAGAAGGUGGUAACAGAYGAAUCAMCAAUAACGGGUUUAACUUCAGGAGGACYACAUAGCCGAACGAUUGCCGGGCGUCGAGGCAAAUUAACGGUGCAUAUCAAUGGAGACAAUAAAAACUAUCUUGAGUCGAACAGCACGGAUGGUUUCGAUACGUACAAAGCYACCUACGAAAUACCUAGCCCCUGUUUUAAGCAGCAAAUAAUCUGGAAGCAAACAGUCAAUGUGCCACAAAUUAAAGACACCAAAUUCGCCACUGCCUCAGAGCUAGGCAGACACAGCGAAGACAACAACGAUAUGCAUUCCGAUGCAAAAGCCGGGGAUGAAGCAACUGCAAGCAAUCAAUCACUUACUACAGCCAAGCUUCAGUUUGUCAAACAGCAAUCAAGGACUCCCUCUCCGGCCGCUUUGAAAACAGGUCUACAGCCACCUACCGCCACUCGAUGCUCACGCAGUCGCUCCAAAAGCCCAUGCCCAACGCAAGCCAACCGCUCACCCACACGCAAAUAUCCCGCCGCAUUAAUUGAACCUAACGCACCKACCCGUACCGCCUCACCAUUUGGUCUGAAUCCGCUCGACAUCACCGACCUGAUUGAUGACACUWCCCACGCGUAUCGUGACCAUGGUGUGGAGCUCUCCAAACGCACUUCGAGCGCUCAAUUAGGCGACACCAAAUUCGCCUGCUCGCCGGCAACGGGUAGGCAGUUGRCCGAGUUUGUGCCACAGGUGGAAGGUCACAAUGUUGGUUUAUUGGUGCGUGCAUCURUGGAUACACAAUCACAGCAGCAAUGGGAGAAAAAAGUGCGGAGUGUGCCACAUAACAUCGCCACGCAAUGCAACGAAAAGGCGCAAAUUGAAAUGGACAAUGCACUCACGCACAGCGCCGCCACGCAUUAUGCUGAUGCCGGGAGUAGUGAUGAUGAUGUUGACUACUGUGUCGACGAGCGGCAACAGCAUAUCGCCGACAGUGACAAACACUCCAUAAAAGGUCCUACGCCAGCKGUCCCUUUAACACCAUCCCCAUCCUUGACAUACUGUGCACGUGCUGGCAGCUGGCAACCGAUGAUGAGCGAGCGGGUGCAUGACGCCUGCCGUAAUGAAACGGUGACGACACCAAYAMGGUCGUUGGCUGGUAGCAGUGUGGCUGAUUCAAACGCCACCGCGGUCGGGAUGGGAGAAUCGGAUUCUCUGCCUGGACAACAAGAAGUAGUCCUGGACAACGACAGCCGACAGCAAAGCCUAGAUACCGUUGGUGAGCCUGCAGUCGCAACGCCACGUGAGAGUGGCAUUAUUAAUCGCUCGUUCGAUAAUGUUUCACCACGUCCCUACAUCAGCGUCGAAGGUUAUAAGCGCGUUGCUUGGCCGCCCGUAUCCGAGGAGCGCGUUGUUAGGGAAUUCACGCCCCAACCAACCUCUGGCCACUAUCCGGUGUCAGGCUCGCUACAACAACAGCCAGGACAACAGCAGCAGCAGCCACAACACUGGCAGCAGCAGCAGCAGCCACUUCAACAGCCACAACAGCAGCCAGUUGCACCAGCCAACCAGGGUAUCGUUUAUAAUAACGUCAACCGUGGUGUUCGCGAUAGCACAUCUUAUCCUUAUACACAACCACAACAAUAUCAACAGUCGCAACAACAACCCAUACAAUAUACCCAAGCACAAUUUAACCGUCAACCCUCACAUGAGCCAGCUGGUUCACCAUAUGGACAACAUUUGAACGACCAGUACGGACAGCAGAAACCGGUCUCACACUACCCAACGCACAACCACCCCAUUGAACAGCAACAACCCGAGCAACAAUAUGAACCGAAUUCCUCAUCUGGUUGGAGACCUAUCCACCCGCCUGUGCCUAAGGCGCGAAGUGAAUUCCUAGCAAAUCGCGUAGGUGACACACCAUUUUAUCCUAGCCGUGGCCAACAAGAUUAUCCAUCUACACCACAGUAUCGUGCAACAUCUUACGAUCAAUAUCAAGCGCCACCGCAGGCACAAAAAUAUCCCCCUCACCAGGGGUCGCAACCUCCUUACGCUCAGCAGCCCUACUCGCAGCCGCAGCAACAACAGCAACCGUCUUGGGCGCAUAAUCAACCUACCCAACAAUAUCAACCGGUUCAGGCGCCUUAUCAACAGGGACCUCCACAGCAACAAUAUCAGGCAGCUCCUCCAUCUAAUUAUCAAUCGCAAGCAUAUCAUCAAACUCCUCAACAACAACAACAACCCCAACAAUAUUCGACUGUACCACAAUCCAAUCAAUAUAAUUCUUAUCCACAGCCUCAACACGUUGGUCAGGAUCAGCCCGAUCACCAAGCACAGAAUUUGMCACAAGAUUACCGCGGCGGAAGUCCCGGAAUUAUAACGCUGCGCAAGGAGGCACCCGUUACGCAAAAGCCAGCCCCUGUUUACAACGCACAACCAGCGACCGUUAGAUUUCAAGGAGGCAGCAACAUGCGUGGAGACUUGAAGUGGCCACCGCCAGAAUACAAAGAAGCCGCAAUACGCGAAAAUGAAGAACGACGCCAACUGGCCCAGGGACCAGUAUGCCGCCCACGGAAAGUCCAUCGCGAUUACACAACAUUCUUCGCCAAGAACGCGCUGAAUAGCUACUACCCCAGCUACAAGAUACCACCAGGCACACAACACAUGUGCGCCUAAAAGUUAUGAACACCAGAUUGCUGAAYCCCCAAAACAAAUAAAUGAAACAAUUUCACAAAAAAAAAUAUAAAAAAAAAAAAUWAAUAAAAAACAAAAACACAUUGGAAAGGACGAAAAAAUGUAAUUAACUGUACAUUAUAACGAAAAGAGACAUCAACUAAUCACGAACUAACCAAACGGAGCAUUGAAGCAGAAAAAAAUAUACUACGUCAAAUUUACACUAACGAAUUUUGUUCUCAAAUCUGUACAUGGAUAAUCGAGAUGUGUGGGGUUAGGGUAGCCCUUUACCCAAAAAACGAAGUGCUUGGGAAUGUGUGAGUCUACGAGUUCGUCGGCUGUUCGUUUGUGCUCAACGAAGCGGGGGUACGUUAAAAACUGCAAAAUGAUACACGGUAUUCUACAGCUACAACAACUACGCGUGCCACUGGCCUUUGAACACGCCCGCAACAGCGAGAACCCAGCGGCCAACGCAUUCAAAAAUCGAUGUUCUUUACAUACACAUAGCAAAUGGGCGUUUGUGUGUAUGUAAUAAUUUUCUGUUAAAUUAGAAUUCUUUAAUUUCGUUUUACAAUGAAUUCGACUGGCACCAUCCGCACAUGUACUGCGUGUGUGGAAUGGGCCAAGAGAGCAUUGAUUUAUUUGGAAAAAAAUUAAUUUUUAGUUGUAAGUGAAGAAACGACGCCCACUCGAUGUAAAUUAGUUUUGCAUACAUAAAUACUUGGAAACCUGCCUAAGAUGAACUCCAUCUUAGCGCGUUGGCAAAGAACUACAAAUGAGUUUUCAAACUAAAUCAAAUGAAAAUACAAAACUGAAAACUGAAAACUGCAAACUAGCAAACUACAAAAAUUCUGAUGCGAACUACGGCAUAUUGAUAAUGGUUAAACGAUUUUGACAAAACGGAAAAAUUUUAACUUUAAUUUAAAAAAAAUGCUWCUUCGAAAGCAAAGAAGUUGUAAUUUAUUUUAAUUGAUAAUAUGUUUAUUAAUUUAGUUGCAYAAACUUGCAACAUGCAGAUUUUUAAUUUUGUUUCAUUUAAAAAUGUUAUUGCAUAGAAAAUAC